GACGCUACGGUGACAGCGGCUCCGGUAUCAUGAGUUCUGUUUCGCCAGGGCAGGAACAUGUUCCAUUUACCCACGGACAAAAUCUCCCUCUUAUGCACAAUGACUAUGUAACUUUCCAAUUCCAAGGACUUGUCUACAAUCCAGAGAUAUGCAGAAAGAAUUGUGGGUUCUAUGGAAACCCAGCAUGGCAUGGCUAUUGUUCCAGAUGCUGGAUACAAAAGCGACAGCAGACUCCGCAACUUACAAACGGUUUUAGGCAUCACAGUACACAUCUACUAUGUCAACCAGAUAUGGGUGCAGGUUAUCAGCAGGACAUUAAUGUCCACAGAAAGCCAUAUGCCCGCCCACAAAAUGAAGAUCAUUCUGCAAAAGCUUCUGUGCACCCUCUCUUCAAUUCUUGUCUUCUUUCUCUGGGUCAAGGGAGUUUUUCAGACUUUCUCAAAGCCCUUCAUAGACCUGAUGCACAAGAGUUACUGACGCAUUUCAUUAAUUUCAUUCAAAGGGUACAGAAUGCAAAUAAUCUUACAGUGGAUAAAAAGGCAGAAGAUGUUCAGAAUUUAUAUAAACAGAUUGGGGCCCACAUCCCUGAUACGUCAGAGGAAAAAGACCAGUUACUGGAUAAUAUUGAGAAACUGGUCAUGACUCGCCUCUACAAGUCUGUUUUCUCUAUGGAUGGUCCACAUGAAGAGCAAAAAGAUCUUUCACUUCAGAAUCACAUUAGGUCGCUGAGUUGGGUUACCCCUAAGAUUCUUCAGUUUUCUUUGUGUGAACAUGAUGAUGAAGUCAAUGAUCACAUUGUCAGUGCUGUUACAGCUCUAUUAGAGAUGGAUUCCAAGAGAGCCCCACAGGACAAGCUGGCCUGUGUGACAAAGUCUUGUGACCACCUUUUCAAAGCCAUAGAUGUUUCUACAAAGGAGCCAGCCACCACUGAUGACCUAAUUUCUGGCCUUAUCUACAUUACAAUUAAGGCAAAUCCACCUCACCUUUUAACUAAUUUGAAGUAUAUCACAAGAUUCUGCAAUCCCAGGAGACUAAUGACAGGGAAGUGUGCCUACUGGUUUACAACCUUUUGUUCCGCAUCCUCUUACAUUGAGACUAUGAAUUUUAAAUCUCUUGGGCUCACAGAGGCGGAGAUCAUUCAUAUAAUACAGCAGACGUCAAAAGCAUGCGACUCCUCUGGAAGUAUUAUACAGGGCACGGUGCAGAAGAUGGAAGAAAACAAGCAGCGUUUGGCCGACCUGCAGCACCGCCAGGAGAUUCUGAUCCAAAAGGCAGAGUGCCUACGAAGAGAAAUAAAAGCUUGGCCUGUGGCCUUACAAGGUGAAGUCCAAGAAAUCCUGCACAAGUUCCCUCUGGUUACUAAGCAUCAGACAAACUAAAAGCAGUGGUUGGCACUU